UUACCUUACCUUAGUUCAUGUUGUUGUCUUGACUUCUUCUAACAACAUCAUCAUCAUCUUGUCCAGCUCAUCAUACACACAGAAUACUCCUAUCACAAUGGGUCUCCCACCAGUCCACUUCUUCUCGCACGGCUCAACGAUGAUGCUGGGCGAAGAGUCCACAUCAGCCGACUACUGGAAACAAGCAGGCGACGAAGCCCUCGCCAACAACAUCAAAGGCGUAAUCAUGAUGGGCGCCCACUGGGACGCCACGGGCACCGAAAUCCAAGUCGCCAUGAACCCCAAACCGGGAAAAUCCCCCGUGGCAUACGUGCACCCUUCCAAAUACGUCAACUACCACCUCAACGCAGAUUUACCCACGGGCGAAAAAUGCAUGAAACUGCUCAAAGAUGAAGGCUUUAACGUGACUCCUCACGAUUCCUUCGAGUGGAUUCACGAUACAUAUCUCAUUCUCAUUCGAAUGUUUCCCACAAAAUGUCCUCCAACAACAAUCAUCUCCAUGAACGCCCGUUUCGAUCCUCACUUCCACAUGCGAGUCGGCUCGACCCUCCGACCCCUCCGCUCACAAGGUUAUCUCAUCAUCGGCACGGGGGGAGCCGUACACAAUCUCUACCGCAAUCAAUGGGCACCGAUGCUCAAAUACCGCGACAAUUUCGCGCAAGAAGCGCCUCCCGAGGGGUGGGCGUUGGAAUUCCGGCAAAGUGUGGAAGAUGUGAUGAAGAAUAAUCGUGGGCCAAAUUUGCGCAGGGCGGUGACGAGGUUGAUGAAACAUCCUCAGUAUCGGGAUGCGCAUGCGACGGAUGAUCAUUUUAUGGCGGCGUGCUUUGUUAGUGGUGCGGCCGGGGAUUGGGAGGAUUUGGAGGAGAAGGCGGGUGAGUUGAAGGCGGAGACGUGGGAGUUGACGAAUAUGUGUAAUAGUCAGUUUACGAUUGGGGAGUGGCGGAGUGGUGGGAAGGCGGUGGCGGCGCAUUGAGGAGUUGUUUUUUUAUAGGUAUGUACUUGAUGAGGGAGAUGUGGGUAUUAUGUUGAUUUACCUAUUUACCUAUACUUGAUCGCUAUGACUGUGACAGAAAUGAAAUGAAGACAUUGGAGAAUCGUUAUAUAGCAACAUGACAUUCCAUAAGAAAA